CUUUAAGAAAGUUUGCAAAAUAGAAAUGGACCCAGAAGAGCUGACUAAAAUUAAUUUCAUACCUGAAUUCCAUCCGACCAAGGAGGAAUUCUCUAAUUUCAGCAAAUAUUGCGAAGACUGCGAAGCUCAGUGUGGCACUGCUGGUGCUUUCAAGGUGAUCCCUCCCAAAGGAUGGCAGCCAAGAAAAGAAGGCUAUGACCACCUUGAUUUGACAGUACAGCAACCAAUAGAGCAAAAUGUAUGGGGCAGCAAUGGAGUUUAUGAACUUCUCUAUAUGCUUAGAGAAUCUAGAACCCUUGAGAAAUACAGGAAACUUGUCAGCAAGACAGAGUACUCUUCUCGUAAGAAGAGCUUCACCGAAAUUGAGAAGCUAUUUUGGAAGACCCUCAAGCUUAAUGCUCCUCUCUAUGGAGCAGAUAUAGAAGGUUCGCUCAUGGAUAAAGGGAUUCCAUGGAAUUUAGCGGAGCUAGACACUUGAUUAAAAGAAGGCCUGGAUAACCUUCAACUCUCUGGAGUUAAUAAUCCUUACAUUUAUGUUGGAGGAUGGAAGACAAUGUUUGGGUGGCACAAGGAAGAUUAUGACCUCUACUCAAUCAACUUCCUUCACUUAGGAGCUCCUAAAUACUGGUAUUCAGUAGAUUUAGACUCUAAUGAAGACUUUGAAACACUUGCGAAGAGAAUUUUUACAGGUCGGUUUGAAAAAUGAUCAGAGUAUCUCCGCCAUAAGAAUACUCUGAUACAUCCAGCUCUUCUUAGGAAGAAGGGUAUAAACCUCAGAAAGACAAUUCAAAAACCCGGAGAGUUCAUUGUUUUGAGAGCUACUGCUUAUCACUGUGGCUUUAACUCAGGUUUCAACAUUGCUGAAGCUGUAAAUUUUGCUCUUUUCGACUGGAUUGAGUCCAUCGCUUCUAAGGUUAAAUUCUGAAAUUGUAUCAAAGACAGCGUAAAAAUUAACAUGUCUACUUUUUGUCAAACUUUAAUUGACAAAUUUGAGCAAGAAAAGUCUCCAAUAAAGAAAGCUAUGAUAAAGACACUAAAGAAAGUACAGGACGAAGAUAUCAAAGCUAAACAGAUUUUUGAGAAAAAGAAAGACUCUUGAAAAUAGACGAAAUACAAUUAAAAAGAAAAAUAGGAAAAGAAAUGCUGCUUCUGCCAAAGCCAAAGGCAAGAAAAAGAGGCCUAAACUAAAAGAAGAGUAACUUGACUACACCUUUAUCAGCUAAAUUAUUUCUCUAAAUUUCCCU